UCUUUCAAAGAUAGACUAGUGUUUUACAUAUCAUUUAUCCGGAAGUCCUUCCGCAGUACUGAACACGUUUAAACCAUUCUCGUUAUAUAUAAAAGGAUCUUUUUCAAAAAUAACCACCGUCAGUUUUCCAAAGAUCGGCAUAGCGAUGACUUCUAUACGAGAGUUGUUAAUAUUUUCGGUGAUCGUUGCUACGACCAACGGAUUUCCUUCGAAAAGUCAUCGAGGAUCUCACGGGCAUCCGAUACCACCCGAACCAAGGAAUCAAGGCAAUUUCGAAGUUGGAUACAAUCACGAAGAAAUCGCGAGACGAAUCAACUCAUGGAAACCGGAAGAUCCAGAAAAUAUAUGGGAAUUGAGUGGUCUUUACCAGGGUGACAUAAUGCUUUCUCCAAAUAAUAAAAUAAGCAGUAGAAAUGGUAUUUUGGAUACUGCGACUCGUUGGCCCAAUGGCAUAGUACCUUACUAUAUCGAGGAGGAAGAUUUCGAUCGUUCGGAUAUCAAAGUGAUAAAAAGAGGCAUAAAAGAGUAUCACAACAAAACCUGCUUACGUUUCCGUCCCUACAAAGAAUCCGAUACCGAUUACGUACAUAUACAGGGUAAUAGAUCCGGAUGUUGGUCCAUGGUGGGCCGUCACGGAAAGGGACAGGUAUUAAAUUUGCAAGUUGGCGGAUGCGUACGGCACGGUGUCGUCAUUCACGAGCUGAUGCAUGCUCUAGGAUUUUAUCACCAACAGAGUGCCGCUAACCGUGACGAAUGGGUCGUAAUACACUGGGACAACAUAAAACCGGGAAAAGAACAUAAUUUCAAGAAGUAUGAUCAACACACUGUCACGGAUUUUGGUUAUCCUUAUGAUUAUUCCAGCGUGAUGCAUUACAGUGCACAUGCGUUCUCCGCGAACGGCAAAGAGACUAUCACACCUAAGGUCCUAGAUGCAAAAAUCGGGCAACGUAACGGGCUCAGUAAGGUCGACGUGUCGAAAUUACAGGCUAUGUACAAAGAUGAAUGUGACAAUCGUGAGACAGAAGAAAAUAUUACUAGCGAGUCCGAAGAAGAUCUUUCUUUUGUCUGGACAUUGGAUUAACAGGAAUAU